GUCAGACUAUAAGUACAGGUUAAUCUGCUGCUGCAGUACCACUUCUCUUUGGUUCCUACAGACAGGUGUACAGAACUAACACCUACAAGAAAGGAACCAAAGACUGUGGGACAGGAAUGAUGGGGGGGAAAGAGGCGCUGUCGUUCCUGUUUAUAGCAGGCUUCCUGCUUUCAGGUCAAGUGAAUGCACAGACAACAGUUGUUCCAACUACACCAAUUUCUACUGCAGAACAGACAACUACUCAAACUACAGCAGUAGCAACUUCAGGGGUAGCGAUAGGCAAUUCAUGUAAAUCCUUUGCAGCAGAUGCAACUCUCACCUGCGAGCGGGUGGGUAGCACUUCAGACUUAGACAUACUUUUGCAAGACGGUUUGAGUGGAGAACAAGCCUGCGCCUAUUCUCUACUUCAGUAUGCCUGUGCAAAGAUCAACUUAGCCUCCACAGACACUGUUGUGGCGAUCUUGAAAUGUUUCAUCACAAAUCAAGAUGCAAUCUUUUCCCAAAAAGCUACAUCUUUGUUCGUCUCCAAGUUAUCUCUAGACACAUUGAGAGAAUCGUUUGAAGCAGUUGACACCCAGGUCCCUGAUUCAUCCAUCACACCCAAGGCCAAAUCGUUCAUACUAAAUGCAGUUUGGGAGAAGUUGAGGACCAAUCCUUCUGCUCUCACCUCAGGUUCAAUAGCCGCUUGGUUCCAGGAGAGAUUAUACGGUUUCCUGCCUGCUAUAAAUCUCGAUAUCUUGGACUGUAUGACUGACAUUCCUCUCACAUGUGAUGCAUUCCAAUCUGUUGUCGGUGCCUUGGAUCUUAAUUAUGCAAACUUUGAUAACGUCACCCAGCAAAAGAUUGGAAAUUGGAUUUCUCGAUUCAUCCAGAUAAAUUCCUGCAGAAAAAACACAGCAUAUGAAUUCAUUAAUUCCUACUACCGAAGUUUUAAAAAUUCCGUCAACUACAGUGACUAUGAACUAGCGUGGAACGGCAUUGAUUUGAGCACUGCAUUGGAUGUUAUACCUUCAUUCCAAGUGGCUCAAUAUGCCAUUGCCAACAAUGCAUUCAGCAGCGUGGACAGCUCAACAUUAAUAGUAAAGUUCCUGAAGACAAAAAGUCUAUUGGAUAUUGUGGAUUUCCUGGACAGUGUCUCCCAGUUGUCUGGGGAUAGAGCCACCUAUGACAGCAAUGUUGUCAGCAACCUGCUGGAGGUUACAAUGGGCAAGUUAAGCCAAGAUGACGGAGACGUUUGUAAGUCCAGUUGGGAAAAAAUCUUUACAACGAAGAUCACUUUCAUUCUGACAGCCAUCAAUGAAGCGACUCUGCAACUGCUUCCUGCCAAUAUGGAUUGCUCGGACUACCGCAGUAUAUUCAAUGGAAUUAACCUUGUCUAUAACAAGUUAGAUGAAGCAAGCCAGUUGGCCAUCUUUAACUACCGACUUCAGUUCUUGCAACAGGAAGCUGACAAAACAGGAACGGCCUGUACCUGUGAUUACUCAAGUCAGCAAUGGAUUGAGAAUAAUUUUGGCUUUUCCUUCAGCUUCUUCACAUUCAAUCAAUUAAUAGCCCUAAACCUGAAUUUCGAUGGAUUUGACGUGGUGUCUUCUCUAACAGUUAACCAGACAGUGGACCUCAUUAUUUAUUCUAAAAUCCUAACUGAAGCUGAACCACAGAGUUAUGAAACCCGAGUUAAUGCCAUAACCACUGUUCUAAAAGACAACGGAUAUGCAUAUCUAUUGUCAUUUAUAGAAUGGUUUGAGAUUGUUACAGUACGGGAACAAGUAGUUGGCAUAACAAAUGAAAAUGUUCGCAGUUUAUUCUUGGAUGGGAUAUGGGAAGUUAUUUCUAUCCAAUUUUCUCAAUUUGUGAACGCUGAUUGGAACAUAUGGUUCGAUAAAUACCUGACCAUUUUCAUACCAAGCAUCAAACCAGCACAGCUUAGAGACCUCAGCACUGACGUGGUUAAGGAUUGUUCCAGUUUACAAAAAAUUGUUCAAGGGUUCGAUCGUGGAUUUGGUUACAUGACCAUUGAAACUAAAAAAAAUGUUACUUAUUGGAUAAUCAGUUUCCUGACAGCACAACAAUGCUCUGACGAUAACUGGUUAACUGUCUACUUUCAACAGUUUAAGGAAUACGUUACUGUUACGGAAAUAAAGACACUGAAUCCAUCAUACGAACCGCUUACACAUCUAGAUGAAUUAACCGCCACUCAAAUAUCAGAAGUUGUGAUCAACGAAGAGUCAGCUCGGACCAGCGUAGCUGUUAUAAAUACCGUCUUCGAUGCUCUCACUGUGAAUGUCACAAAUGAAGAAGCUGUUGAGAAUCUUGACGCAUUCUGGGAAGGAUACAAUUCACAAUAUAAAGAGAAUAUCACAGUCACUUCUGAAGUCCAAAACACAAUGCUGCAACGAACCACUUCAGAACUUGCCUAUUUCUAUGAAAACUUCACUGAAACAACAUAUAAUUUGUGGUUUGAAGAGAACUUAGUGACUGUAUUGCCCCAAAUAAAUGCUGAUAUUUUAAACCAACUCCCGCUUGACAUGACAUGUUCAUCUUACGAAAGCAUAGUAAGGUCACUGGAUAAAGUGUAUGCUAAGACUGAACCAGCUAACCAGAAUGAUGUCUUCCAAUUUUAUAGCAACUACCUAUCACAAAAAGAUAACAGCUGUGUACAAUCUUCAAAAUCCCUUAUUAAAUCAUAUCUUGGAAAUUACAGUGAGAAAGCACAAUUUGAACAACUUGUUGAUUUCUAUGAAUAUUUUAACAUAAUUGUGACUAACGUGCUGAUAGAUCUCAACCAAGAAUGGAGUUUACUGGACAUGAAAAAAUGGAUCCAAGUUUUUGACAUUCUGAUUACACAGUUAUCUAGUGCACUCACUGAAAUGCACUUUUCACAACUGCCGCUCAAUAUUUCUUGCACUGACUACCAAUUGAUAAUAAAGAAGUUGAGCAAUAUCUACCCCAUACUUGAUGAUGCUGAAAUUAAGAGUGUCUACACAUACAUGAAGUCAUUUUUGACACAACAAAAGAAUAACUCAGGGUCUGCGUGUGCAUAUGAUGUUAACAAUACCACGGAGUGGAUCAGUAGAAAUUUCGGUACCUUCUCUACAAGUGCUUUUAUUUCUGAUUUCAUGGAACUGUAUCCAGAUCUCGAUAUUGGGGCUCUUCUUGGUCUUUUAAAUCCAGACGAUGCGGCUAAACUCCUAAUAAACCCAGAUAAUCUUUUGAAUAGAACAUUCCUCAUCGAUAUCCUGAGUCUUAUCCAAUAUGAAGAGAUAUCACUAUAUGUAACUGCAAUCACAACAGCUGCAUCCAAGGCUCACCUGGCAGAAUCCGAGAUCACCAUGGUGGAGGAAAUCUUUCUGGAGUCUGUUCUCCUUAAAAUAAAUGCCAACUUCUCAGAGUACAAGGCCGAAGACUGGAGGAACUUGUUCCAACAUGUAAAGGGAUUUAGCAUUGCAUACGAAUCCCUUUCUAGUCAAACCAAAGAUGACGUCUACCAGAAUUAUAUAAAGAAAUAUUUAUCUGGGCAGUCUCAAUCCACAGGCACUGCCUGUGAUGCCAGUGAUUACGCAACAUGGUUGGAGUUAAACAUUGGGAUGUUUUUCAACCAAACAUCCAUACAAGAUCUCAUUAAUUUUAAUGAGAACAUAGCAACAGUGAGUACUUACCGGUACAUCUCAGAAUACAACAAAUAUAUCUACUUAAAUGAAGAGGAGACCUUCUCGAAAACAUUUGGUCUCCCUGUCUCAGAAAUAUGGAGGUCAAUGUCAAGACUCAAAGUUGAGUUGUACUCAGAAGAAACUAUUACAGAAUGA